AUGGCCUCUACUUCAGCACGAUCGGCGAAAGAAAGACAAAAGAAGGUGUAUGACCAGAAAGUUAGAGGAGCUACAUUACAGACAGGUGAUAGAGUACUGGUUAAGAGAUUGGCGUUUGAAGGUAAACACAAGCUUUCGGAUAAAUGGGAAGAAGAGGUUCAUGUCAUCAUAGAGCAGCCAAAUUCUGAUAUACCAGUUUUUGUUAUUGCUAGAGAGGAUGGAAUUGGCAAGAAACGUACCUUGCAUCGAAAUGUCCUUCUUCCUAUUGGAGCUGUUCCAGAAACAGUACCAGUAAUCCCAUCGGUUCCAUUAGUGAAACCGAGAAAGCAAACGGUGAUGAUCCCUUCAUCAGUUUCUGGCAGAGAUUCUGAUGAGGAGGAGUCAACUGAGGAGGAGGAGGAAGAUAUUUUCAUGUACAUUGACAAGCAGCCUUCACUUUUAACUGUGGAUGACAGCGUUCCAAACGAUGCUGUUAGCGAGUCCAUGGAGGAAACAGAGGUAUCUGUAUUUGGUGGUGACGACCUCAUGUUGAGUACAGAUGAGGUUAGUGAAGAGGGUGAUGGUGGGCUUGAAGAAAUAUCAGAACAGUCAGAUGGGAUUAGUGAAGAGGGUGAUGGUGGGCUUGAAGAAAUAUCAGAACAGUCAGAUGGGAUUAGUGCUGAUGAAGCAUCGAUGGAUCUCUCUGGUGCGCAAGAUGAAGAGACUGGAGUAAAGGUUGUUGGAAUUAACAGUUCAGCAGUACAAGCCAGUACACCACCUACGGCUCCUCCUCGUGUGUUAUCAAGAACACCACCAGUACCACACCACCAGUACCACACCACCAGUACCACCCCACCAGUACCACCCCACCAGUACCACACCACCAGUACCACCCCACCAGUACCACCCCACCAGUACCACCCCACCAGUACCACCCCACCAGUACCACCCCACCAGUACCACACCACCAGUACCACCCGUACUCCUCCUCGUGUGUUAUGGAGAACACCACCAGUACCACCCCACCAGUACCACCCCACCAGUACCACCCCACCAGUACCACCCCACCAGUACCACACCACCAGUACCACCCAUACGUACCACCCCACCAGUACCACCCCACCAGUACCACACCACCAGUACCACCCCACCAGUACCACACCACCAGUACCACCCCACCAGUACCACACCACCAGUACCACACCACCAGUACCACACCACCAGUACCACACCACCAGUACCACACCACCAGUACCACCCCACCAGUACCACACCACCAGUACCACCCAGACGUAUCACCCCACCAGUACCACACCACCAGUACCACACCACCAGUACCACCCCACCAGUACCACCCCACCAGUACCACCCCACCAGUACCACACCACCAGUACCACACCACCAGUACCACUCCACCAGUACCACCCCACCAGUACCACCCAGACGUACCACCCCACCAGUACCACACCACCAGUACCACACCACCAGUACCACCCCACCAGUACCACACCACCAGUACCACCCCACCAGUACCACUCCACCAGUACCACACCACCAGUACCACCCCACCAGUACCACCCCACCAGUACCACCCAGACGUACCACUAUACCAGUACCACACCACCAGUACCACACCACCAGUACCACCCAGACGUACCACCCCACCAGUACCACACCACCAGUACCACCCCACCAAUACCACACCACCAGUACCACCCAGACGUACGACACGGAUAUCCAAAAAGUCAUCUUGGAUGUCCUCGGGAGAUUUUAUUAUGUCUCAAGUAG